AUGUCUAAGCUGUUCAUUGGUGGCCUUGCAUGGCACACGGAGGAGUAUACACUGCGACAAAAGUUCGAGGAGUUUGGCAUAGUUGACGAAGCUGUGGUCGUCAAGGACCGUGACACGGGCCGAAGCCGGGGCUUUGGGUUUGUUCGUUAUGGCUCUGAGGAGGAUGCACAGAAAGCGAUUGCCGCCAUGAACAACGUCGAGUUUGACGGACGGACGAUUCGUGUUGACAAGGCCUCGGACACGGGGCCAAAAGGCGGGUACGGUGGAGGCCGGGUCGGACCUGCUGGCUUUGGUGUCGCGGGUGGUUACGCCCCGUCACAGAUGCCUUAUGCUGGAGGCCAACCCGCCAUGUACGGCAUGGCCCCGAAUCCAGCAAUGUAUGCCCCAGCAUAUGGACGAGGCGGCUAUCCGUCCCAGGGCGCAUAUGGCGCGCCCCCAGCGCAGGGAUACUCGAUGCCUGGGGCCUACGGCUACCCUGACCAGAGCAGCCAAAUGUCUCCUCAAGGACCACCUCGGUACUAG